GGAAGUUAUAUUUAUGUUUUCCAUAGAUGCAUGUGAAUCUUCCGAUAGCACUAGAAACUCAAAUGUCUAAAGUUGAGGCAUGGUUUAGUAAGGAAGCUGGAAUAAGUAUAUAUACACAAUACACCUCGACCGGUGGCAUCAUAAACACACAAAGAAGUACGUCAUAAUCCCUGCCAAGGAAACUUAAAUUCAAAAUGAAGCUUUGUUGUAGGAAACUCAUUUCUCCUGCAAGAUUUAUUUUACAAAGUAUUCAAAGUCGAAAUUCUCAUGUUAAUAGAGAAGAUUUCAUCCCACCAAAUUUGGUGAUGGCUAAAGUUAAUCCACUUCUACACAACGUAACCAUUCAAGAAGUUCCGAAGAUAUCAGAUAAAAUUCCUGUUUUUCGUCACUGUGUUGAGAAAUUGCCAAAGAAUAAAAAUGCUAUUUCUGUGUGGCUGGACAACCUGCUUCACGCCAGACCACAAUAUAAUUCUGUUGUUCAACUACAUCCAGUUCUAUUUGAUACACAUCCUCGAAUGGAUAUCUUGCAUUCAGUGGUUCGAUGGCAGCAGGAAUACAGAGAGGUUGACUAUUCAUGGUCCCGUACAAGAGCAGAAAUUGGACGAGGUAAAAAGAAGCCAUGGCCACAAAAAGGAACUGGAAGGGCAAGACAUGGAAGUAGCAAUUCACCACUUUGGGUAAAAGGUGGUAUUAGUCAAGGACCUAGAGGACCAAGGGCUUCAUUUUAUGAACUAAAUCCAAAUACGUUACUAGAUGGCUUAUUAAUUGCUUUAUCAAUCAAACACAUUCAAAAUGAUUUGAUCAUCAUUGAAUCAGCUCAAAUUUCACAGGAUAUGCCCGACUUUGAUGAAUAUUUAGAAAAUCGAAAUUUAUCUGAGGCUUCAAUGUUGCUCGUCCAUGCUGAGAAUGAAAAUAUUUCUUAUCUUGAACACUUAGCUGAAGAUUCUAAACUUUUAAAUAUAAUGCCUUUGUAUGGUUUAAAUGUUUGCAGUAUUUUAAAACAUGACAAACUUGUCCUAUCCAGAUGCAUACUAGAUGAACUUGAGCACAAGGUACUGUGGCAUAAAACACGUUAUCCUUGGCUUGGGUCUCCACAUAACUUUUAUAUUGACAUGCCUGGACAAGAUAAUAAACAAAGUGUUGAUACUAAUACUUCAGAGCCUAUAGGCGAGACGGGUCAUAUGUGAUUGCCAUAAUUUAAUUUAAAGCGAAAAAUACAAGUUCAUCCGCUUAA